GCCAGUGGUCCGUGUGCAAAAGGCCCUCUUUGUUCCAUUUCGUGCCAGCGUCGGUGGGUGUCAGUCAGCGUUCGACUUGCUGCCUUGGUUCUCGGACCUGCUUCCCGCUACCGACCACCUCUACGGAGACAUCGCACCGCUCGGUUCCCGGACCCCCGACUACCGACCAACCGUCAACAUGAGCAGCCAGGAGUGCUACGCCUGCCACAAGCCCGGCCACUUCGCCCGCGAGUGCCCGCAGGGAGACCGCAGCUAUGGCGGAUCGUUCGGCGGCAGCUCCUACCGCUCCGGCGGUGGCGGAGGUGGGUUCAGCUCCCGCGGUGGCGGCAGUAGCCGCGGCGGCGGAGGCAUGCGCGGAGGCCCGCCAAGCCGCAUGGGAGGCGGCGGCGGCGGCGGUUUUGGCCCUAGCCGGCUCACUUGCUACAACUGCGGCAAGGCGGGACACAUCGCCCGCGAGUGCCCCGAAGACGGCAAGACCUGCUACACUUGCGGCAAACAGGGCCACAUAUCGCGCGACUGCGACGAGAAGCCGUGAGAAAUGCGCGCGCGGGACAGCCAGGCAGAACGGAGAUAAAGAAAAAAAAGUAACC